AGCCACAGGUUCCUCCAAAGCCUGGCUGAAAGAACAUCUGUACGCAGUGUCUUUUUAGAGGCACUGCCAUAAGGGAGGGAGGGAAGGGCUCAGCAGCCUGGACUGUUAUUGUCCUUCUCUCGGAAUUAGGAGACAACACAUGCAAUGGACUGGCAUCCGUACAGAACAGCUGCUGUGCUGUUCAUUUUCAUGGUGUCUCUGGAAUUCUGCAUUGGUCGUUUCUAUGUUGAGGUGAAAGAAUGGGAUAAAAAUGGUGUGGAGAGAUUGAAAACCUAUCGGAGACAGAAACGAGAAUGGAUUAAAUUUGCGGCAGCCUGUAGAGAAGAAGAAGAUAAUUCAAAGAGAAAUCCAAUUGCCAGAAUCCGAUCAGAUUGUGAAGAAACACAACCAAUUAUAUACCGAAUAUCUGGAGUAGGAAUUGAUCAGCAUCCCUUUGGAGUUUUUGUCAUCAAUCAAAAGACGGGUGAAAUUAACAUAACAAAAAUAGUAGAUCGGGAGACAAAUCCAAUAUUUACUAUUAAUUGUCAUGCUAUAAAUCCUAUAACUGAGCAAUCAGUGGAAACCCCACUUGAGCUUCGAGUUCGGGUUCUGGAUAUCAAUGACAAUGCACCAGUAUUUACACUGGCCACGUUUUCAGGCUCAAUAGUAGAGAGCAGCAUGGAAAACACAUUGGUGAUGAAAAUAACAGCUACAGAUGCUGAUGAGCCAAAUAACCUUAAUUCCAAAAUUGCCUACAAGAUUUUGAGUCAGACUCCUGGAGGUCCCUCAAAGUUUAUUUUGAAUGCUGCGAAUGGAGAACUUCACAUUGCAAAUAUCCUCGACAGAGAGGAAGCUGGUCAAUAUUCUCUGGUUGUGCAAGCCACAGACAGGGAUGGAGGUCCAGAUGGAAUAUCAUCUGAAUGUUUAUGUCAGGUUUCUGUUGAUGAUGUAAAUGAUAACUUUCCAGUUCUUUCCCAGAGUUCGUAUUCUGUAUCAAUAAUAGAAAAUUCCCUCAGUCAAGAUCUACUGAGGAUACAAGUUGAAGAUGCAGAUCUAGCAAUGACAGAUAAUUGGUUUGCAGAAUUUUUCUUUAUCUCUGGAAAUGAAAACAACAACUUUGAAAUAGUACUUGAUCAAGCAACUAAUGAGGGUAUCCUGAGAGUGGUAAAGGAAAUUGAUUAUGAACAAUUUUCAAGCAUACCUCUGAGCAUUGGAGUAAGGAAUAUAGCACCCUUCCACUAUUCAGUGGCUUCUCAGUAUCAAGCUCAUGGCACCCCAAUUAUAGUACAAGUAAACAACGUAAUAGAAGGACCAAGUUUUAAUCCAACUACAAUUACUGUUUCUGCAUCUGAAGGAUUAACAAGUGAAAAUAUACUUACUUACACAGUUGGAAAAUUUGAAGCCAUUGAUCAGGAUACUGGAAGGAUAGCCACUAACGUACGCUAUGAGAUGGGGCAUGAUCCAGCUGCCUGGUUUAACAUUAACCCAACAACGGCUGAAAUCACAUUUAGCAAAGUGAUUGAUCGGGAGUCAAUCUAUGUAAUCAAUGGGGCAUACAGAGCAGAGGUACUAGCUAUUUGUAAAGAUGCUCCUUACAAAACAGCCACUGGAACCAUUGUGCUUACUAUUCAAGAUGUCAAUGAUAACUGCCCAGUUGUGACCGAUGAGAUCAGAAAAGUUUGUAUGGACAAUCCAUCAGUUGCGAUCACAGCUAAAGAUCUAGAUGACCAUCCAUAUGGACCACCUUUUAGAUUCACUAUAGUGGCUCAGUCUCCAGGAAGUUCAUGGACAAUAAGAAUAAUUAAUGAAACCUCUGCAGCACUGUUCAGCAAUGAUGUAGGGUUUUUCAUUCACGAAGUCCAAGUUAAAGUGUAUGACAACAGUGGUAGAAGCUGUGAAAGGCCACUGGUGGUUCCUUUGCAAGCUUGCCAUUGUGAUCGCAAUGCAAUGUGUAUCAAUGGUGCUACUCAAAGAAUCAGAGUUACCAUUGUUGGUGGUGGAGCUGGAGGUGGUGGUAUGGGUGGAGGUGGGGGAGCUGGAGGUGGUGGUAUGGGUGGUGGGGGAGCUGGAGGUGGUGGUAUGGGUGGAGGUGGGGGAGCUGGAGGUGGUGGUAUGAGUGGAGGUGGUGGAGCUGGAGGUGGUGGAGCUGGAGGUGGUGGAGCUGGAGGUUGGGAUAUGGGUGGAGGUGGUGGAGCUGGAGGUGGUGGUAUGGGUGGAGGUGGUGGAACUGGCGGUGGUGGUAUGGGUGGAGGUGGUGGAGCUGGAGGUGGUGGUAUGGGUGGAGGUGGUGGAGCUGGAGGCGGUGGAGCAGGUGGCGGUGACUGGGAUAAUUAUGACAAUGGUGCAGGUGGUGGUGGGGACAUUGAUAGUGGCAGAAUCACUGAUGGUGGUGGUUAUGACAGUGGUGAUACUUACGUUCCUGGAGUAGGCGUAGAAAGAGAAGGCGGAGGAUUUGCACUCAGUCCUGCUGCCAUUUUUCUGAUGUUUCUUGGAGGAUUAAUAUUUGUGCUGGUUCCGAUACUGAUGUCACAGAGCAACUGUUGUCGCUAUUGUAAAUCUCGCCCUGUUGGUGGAGUUGGCGCUGGAUUUGAGCCUGUGCCUGAAUGCACAGAAGGAGCUAUACAUUCAUGGGGCAUUGAAGGAGCACAGCCAGAAGAUCGGGAUGUUUCGAAUAUCUGUGUGACAGGAACAACUAAAGGUGACUUUGGCGAUUCCUCAGAUAUCUAUACAACUAAGUAUGAUGGAGGAAUGGUGAGCAGAGAAGAAACAACAGGACUUGGGACAGUUAAAGGCUAUGGCCCAACUGUAGGCUAUGAAACAACUACAGGCUAUGGAACAACAGGAAGAACAAAAGAAACCUUUGGAGGAACAAUAAAAGAAUACAGAGAAAGUGGAGUGAACAUGGCUUUCCUAGACAGUUACUUUUCUGAGAAAGCAUUUGCUUAUGCUGAUGAAGAUGAAGGCAGACCUGCAAAUGACUGUCUCCUGAUAUACGAUCAUGAAGGCAUAGGAACUCCGGUUGGUUCAAUUGGCUGUUGCAGUUUUAUAGGAGAUGACCUGGAUGACACUUAUCUGGAUACGCUGGGACCCAAGUUUAAAACAUUGGCAGAAAUCUGCUUGGGUAUAGAAAUUGAGCCAUUCCCUGACCCCAAUGCACCUUGGCCAUCUCUGCCCAAUCCUGAAAUUGAGCUAAACCUACCACCACCUGGAACAACCAUUGUUGUGAAUACAUCUCCCCCAGUGCCUCCCCCAACUAAUAUUGGUAGCACAACAGUUGUCACGGAAAACACCUACACAACAUCCUCUGUACAGCCACCAAGACCUAUGCCUGACCCUAUGCUCCAUGGCAAUGUAGUGGUGACUGAGACCUACACAUCUGUGCCAAAACUAAAGCCUCCCACAUUGAACAUCGAUUCUCUGCAUGGAUCAAAUGUAGUUGUGACAGAAAGAGUGCUUGCUCCUGGCCCAGUCACUGAUUUGCAUGGCAUGAUAGAUAUCCCUGAGCUACCUGAUGGGUCAAAUGUAGUAGUCACAGAAAGAGUCAUUGCUCCAAAUGCAAGGAUACCUCCUUCUAUGAGCAUUCCUGAUAUGGCUGAUGGGUCAAAUGUAGUUGUGACAGAAAGAGUUAUUCGGCCUGCCGCUAGCAUGCAGGGCAACCUGGGCAUUCCUCCUGAAUUAGCAGGUGCACAUAAUGUGGUUGUUACUGAGAGAGUGGUUUCUGGGGCAGGAAUGAGUGGUGGAGUUGGAAAUAUGGGUAUGAUGUCUGGAUCUGGAAUGGGUGGUGGAGUUGGAAAUAUGGGUAUGAUGUCUGGAUCUGGAAUGGGUGGUGGAGUUGGCAAUAUGAGUAUGAUGUCUGGGGCUGGUAUGAGUGGUGUUGGGGGUCUGGGUCCAAUGCUGGGCCCCGAUAACCUUCUUAGCCAGACAAUGGGAUCAGCAUCCCCUGCUACAUCUCGAAGGAGAGUAACAAAGUACAGCACUAUACAGUAUUCUAACCAGUAAGGCUGCAUACAAUUGCACAUAAUUGAGAAGCUUCUUUUCUUUUUUAGAUUUGCCACCAUACCACAUUUUUAUAUUUAUACGUAGCAAAUCGUAUUAGGGAAGAAAAAUGAAUUAUAUUUGUCUGAAAAAAGAAUCUCGUAAAGCUAUCAAUUUCCAAAAGGCACUGACAGUAUAGGAAAACUCUGAUACUGUCUUUUUGUUAAUGUACUUAAAUGCUAAUACCACUGGCACAGUAUUUUUUUUUACAUAUAUAUAUACUUGGUGCUGAAGAGCAUUACUGGCCUACCACAUUACUUUUCUAUAGUCAUCUAGCAAAAGCACACAUUAUUUGCUGCCCUUGUUAUUGUUGUCAUUGUUAUCUCCUUUUUUUGCAAGACAAAAAAAAUCAGAAUUGUAUUCAAAGCAGCUUGACAGAACAGCCUGGAACACUACUGAGCUGUUUCUUUCCAUUCCAUUGAUUGCCCUAUUUUAUACAAACUGCAUAGAAUCAGUUUGAGGUAGUUACUCCAAAUGUAACACACAGUUCAGUUCUCUUGUAAAGCUCUCCACCUGGUCAGUACAAACUAGCAAAAUGACAUCAGAGCUGGGGAAGACACAGUAGAAUAUUACAUCUCAUGUCAUUUUUAUGAAUGUUGAGUGAGGCCUUCCAUUUAAGUCCUAUUGUACAUCAUCAAUUCUUAGAUAACAUUACCUCUCUUUAAGGCCUUUCUUACAGAAACCCCUGAAUUCAAACCUUUCCCAGUUCACCACAGAUACUACCUUGGACAUGAAACCAGUUUCUCAAUUAAUGCAGAGUGUCACAAGGUAGAUUCCUUUAAUGUGGGGUUUACUUGAUCUGGCAUAUUGGCAGAAAAGAAAAGAAAAAACAUAUCUAUUUGGAAGAAAUUAUAGAAUCAGUUUCAAAAAAAGAGCACAUUGAUAGUGCAAGAAUGGUCACACAUAUAAAUAGUAUUAAUUCUUGAAAAUAACUUGAGACUACCUUGCUAAAUUGGUAUUUUUAGUACUGUACUAUAAAAUCUCUGCUUAAAUGCCUGCUAUUAUAUUUCAUGCAUUGCUAUGAAAUACUUGUUGAAACAAUCCCCUUUGAAGUCAAUGGGAUUUAUGUAAAAGUAAGCCUGGGUCUCUCACAAAGCAAACUUCAGAUUGCACACAUUCUUUAAUUGCAUUGAACUGCAUUAUAUGGGCCUACAGUGACCAGAUAAUGCAGUUACAAACAGUAUGGAUCCAGCCUUUGUUGCCUACUACUGUCUUUAAAUUGCAUUUUAAAAAGCAAAUGUAUUGGCCAGGAACCAAAAAGCUGCUUCAAGGCAUGCCCAAGGGGCUUAGAUAUAUCCAAAUAUAAACAAAUAUAGGGUACAAUAGCCAAUUGCUUCCAAAUUGAGUUUGAGUGGCACAGUAUUCUAAUGUUGUAGGGAAACAAGUCCAAAGCCUCACCGAGCAUGCAAAUUUGGAAUGGUUACUUUUUAUAGAACAAUUCUGGGAGAUGUUGCCCAAAAAGUAACUUCCUCUCAAAUGUAACUGUCCCAAGUUCCGAUAUACUUUGGGUUCCUUGCAUCAUAUGUAAACUGAAUGAAAUGCAAUACAAAGAACAUUUUCUGAUCGUUAUCAAACACAGAGAUUUUCUCUGUCAGCAAACUAUAAUAAUCUAUACUUAUGAUAUGCUUCAGUGUUUUGGAUAGGCAUCUACAGAAAUUUAAGGAAAUUAAGAGACUUUUGACUACUUCGGGCUGCUCCCUAAGUUCCAUUUCCCCUUUCAAAAAAAUUAUUGUGUAUAAAGGGACAUGCAGAAAAUGGCUGUCAGAAGAACGAAGGAUAGAAAGAAAACCUAUUUCAAGCACAUCUGCAGUUAUCUUAUCUAGUGGUCAUAACUUUUCUUGCAUUGCAAGCAGUUUCCUGCUGCUUACACAUUUUAAAAUCAUGAGUAAAGCAAUGUAACUGUAGAAGAGAUUCAUAAUUCUUGGGAACCUUUCAGUUUCAAGUGCUCAGAGUCCUGAAAGGCUGCACAAGAGUAUAUCAGUAAAUUUAUACCAAUUUAAAUGUAAUGGUUUCACACAAAGAAUCCUGGAAAUUAUUGCUUGAAAAUUGGCUACUAGACAUUUGCCAAUAGCAGACAGAGUCAUACUGAGAACAUAUUCAAUGAAAUCAAUUAGACAUGAUGAUAAACCUAACUCUCAAUUGAUUUUAAUGGGUCCUAGAUAUGAAUACCACUGUAUUCAAAAAGUUUACCUGGUUGUUGAUCGCAAUUUGGUUGUAAAUAAACAUAAAUAAAAAUAAAUGGUAAUAAACAUAAAUUACCAUUGCUGUUGAACAAACCAGCAAUUAAAUUCCUCAUUCCAAUGAAGUGCCAGUUUUUCCUUCUGAAAAUGUUUUCAAUAGUAUGACAAGAAGCUUUUGCAAAUCUAGGGGAUUGCUGAUUCAAUUUUGCAAGUUAAUAUUAAGUGAAAAUGCUUCUUUUUCCAUUUGUUAAGUCAGCACAACACCUGUUACCAAAAUAACCUUCCCCAUGAGUUUAUAUAGUACAUACACAUUUUAGGAUAAAUAUUAGCAUAUAAACGUAUUUUCUUUAUGCUUCCUUGUGUAAAACAGUACAUGUUGUUUAAAAUAUUAAGAUUUCUAUAAAAUUGGCCUGUGUUUUUUCCUUUACAUUUAUGGAAAUGAAUUUUAUAUUUGAACUAAUGUCUAUGAACUCCAAAAUAAUUCCAUUAUAAAACUCUUGCGGGAUAAGUACUUUAAAAAAAAAAACCUUAUCUACAGAUGGAAAUUGUUUUCUUCAGUUGCACACCCAUUGCAUUUCUGAGUGUUGUCUCUCGUUGCUAUUUUCUAGUGUCCUCAUUUUUAUUUUUUUAAGAAAGGAUUUCGUUUCUGAGGGAACUAUUGAAUCUCUGGGAUUACAAUAAAAGAAUGUAUCUGAAGUUGUACAAUAAUAGUCUGUUAAAUAAAACUUCUGGCGAAA